AGACCGGUUACUAUCGAGUAAGAAACAUAUAUUCUCUUGUUCCGUGAAGAUCAAAGCAACAUUAAAACGCUAGUUAGAUUAUAAAAGUAUACUUAAUCAAAUGAAUAAUUAAUUGCUAAUUAAAUUCGGACUAUCGAAGAAAAAUUCUAAUUUCUAAAGUUUCACUUUCGUUUUUAAUCUGAAAUAAAUCGGUACUAUGGCUAUAUUACCUACGGAGAUAUAUUCGUUAGAGGAAUACUUGAAAAAUAAUCCUGAUGUAAAGAAAUCGGAGUUACAAAUCAUUCGCGAUUGGCUGGAUAAGCAACCUCAUUUGCCAAAAGUAGACGACGUGAUUUUAUUGUUAUUUUUUCACAGUAAUUAUUAUCGACUAGAACCAAGUAAGACCACGAUAGAAAACUACUAUACUUUCAAGACUCACGUGCCAGAAUUUUUCAGCAAUAGAGACCCAUUCUUAAAAGAAAUUCGUUCACAAUACAAUGUCGUGCGUAUUAUUCAAGCGAAGAAAUUUACCAAGGAAGGAUAUCAAAUCAUAUAUGGAGAUAUUGCGCAUCCUGAUCCAUCUGCUUAUGUCUUUUUUGAUGCAACUAAAUAUUUUCUAAUGACAACAGAGUUGGCAUAUUUAAAAGUAGGACCAGUUAACGGAAUGGUGAUAGUUACUGAUGUACAGAACGUAACCUUGGGUCACAUAGGUCGUAUGAAUAUUAUGGGAUUAAAGAAAUUUGUGUAUUUUAUACAAGAGGCUGCACCUAUUCGUUUGAAACAAAUAUAUAUAUUGAAUUGGAAUUCGGCGGUAGAGACUUUACUAAGUAUAAUAAAGCCCUUCAUGAAGAAGGAACUAUAUCAAAUGAUAAACUUGACAACUAUAGAAAAAUUGGAAAAAUUGAUACCCGUCGAUGCACUUCCAAAUGAGAUAGGUGGCAAGAGCGGUAACAUAAAAGAUCUCGUUAACGAGCAAACCAAAUUGGUCGACGACAAUCGCGAGUACUUUUUAAUGGAUGAGGCGAAGAAUAAGUCAAACGAAUCGUUACGAAUCGGAAAGCCUAAAUCUGCAAAUGAUCUUUUUGGUGUCGACGGGAGCUUCAAGAAACUCGAGAUCGAUUAAACAGAUAUGUAUACAUGUCUUUAUUUAUUGCGGUAUAAUUAUAACAAACAAAGAUGUAUAUUUUUUCAUAUAUUUUAAUAAUUUUUUUUUUCAAUAUAAUAUUCACACGUGGUAAUUAAAUUUUGUCCUUGUAUUAUUCAAUCAAAUUACCAUAAUAAAAUCUUUUACGAGUCAC